AUGGCUCUGAUGCGAACAAGGAGCCAAUUAAACGUAUCUUCACUGACCCCACCACCACCACCUCCGUCUCCGAUCCCUCGAGCCAGAGGAUCUCGUUCCGCAGCGAGCGAGAUUCUCACGGAGAUCAUUGAAAGAUCGGUUCAGGUUCCAGAACUCACCCUCCCGGAAUCACAUUCCGGCGGUGAGUCGUGCGGUUCGCGCCAUUUGAUCCCGGCGGAGAUUGAUUUUCGGUUAUUAACGUCGAGGAGAGAAGGGUCGGUGGAUCGGUUGGUGCGAUCGGCGAGGGAGUUCGGGGCGUUUCGCGUGAGCUACCAUGGGAUAUCGAGCGAGGAGUUGAGGUCGCUUGUGAGGGAAUCGGGUCGGGUGUUCGGAGUUUUGGAAGGAAGAGACACAGGGUUUCACCGGAGUGUUGUGGGAAACAGAGACGAGAUCGUUUGGGUUCGGUCGUGGAAAGAGAGGAUGGAAUGGGCGCGCGAGUAUAUCGGACCGGAAAGGUAUCGCUGUUUCAGCCAAGAAAUGGAGAAUGUAGCGGAUAAACUCGAGGAAAUAGCGAGGAAACUAGGGCAAAUAAUGGUAGAAAACUCAAGGAGACAGACUGAUAAAAGGAUACAAAGAGGAGAAUCUGUGCUUAGAGUUUACAGGUACAAUCAUGAAAACGUAACAGAGCAAAGCCCUCCUUUGCCAAAAGAAAAGACCGAAGAAAUGCUUCAUUAUACACUCAGCCUUCACCUUCCGGCUAAGAACUGCGAAUUCCGUGUCAACUCAGGGAAAGGACCACUUUCUUUCCACGCCGAUCCCGACACCAUCCUUGUCACUUUUGGUCGCCAGCUUGAGGAAUGGAGUUUAGGAGAAUUCAAAUGUCGUCAAGGCGAAAUCAUUUAUCAUCCAGAUGCGUAUGGCUCGCCUACUUCCUUUUCCGUAGAGCUCAAGUGCAUGUCUCUAUUCUUGUCGCAUGCUUCUAUUGCAACAACUUCAAAAACGUUCUCUAUAACCCAUCAGAUUUUCACAGCGUUACUCUUACUUUUUUUCUUCCAAUCUUUUUGGAUUUAUGGAUCCUAUACGGCCACUUAG